GUCAUGGGCUCCCGUCCGCUGAACACGGAGAAACGACACCAUCUCCAAGUGGAUAAAUACCGAGCUGACUUUUUGUUUUAAAUUACUCUACGCCUCCUUACGCGCUGUUGUGCGGCAGAUGGCGCCCCCUAUCGGUGUUUUUGUAAUCAGCCAAUCAGUUGCCCGGAGGAGGCGGACGUUUCGGAAGCAAGGGAGUGCUUCAGUAUCGCAGGAGGUAACGGAGCGCAACAUGGAGACCAGGUAAAGUCAGGGCAGCCUUUUCAGCAGGCAGCGCGUCUUGCAUCUUUGUACUCCGUACAAUACAAAUCUAUUUUCUUAUUUAGUUACUAAUACUUAUUUCACUAUUUAAUGGUCGUAAUGCAGGGUACUUACCUUAGAUUAGCAUUGCAUUGCAAAUUUGCCUUAAUACUCCAUGACAAUGUUUAUAUAAUAUAUUUAUAUUUAUAAUAUUUAUAAUAUUUAACUCCGAGGUAUUGGGGUCAUAUUUAUAACUUUAUAAACCUGUUUUGAGGGUUUUACUAGUUAGCCAAGUGCAACCGUUUCACUAGUUCACGAGUUGCAGAUUACUAUUUUAAUCAGGUUGUUAUUACUCUGUUUUAUCUUUGAAGAUCUUCGAUAACCUGUCACUCCUGCUUGCGCUGUCCGUGGUGCUGCCGUAGCAAGGUUAAGCACAGGCAAGGCAGAACGGAAGGCUUUGUAAAGAGAAAAAGCAGACAUUUAGAGCUACAGAAUGCAAAUUUAAUGCUAAUAGUCCGUAGAUGUCCAGCCGGUCUCAAAUAAACACUGAAAGUGCUGAAUGAACAUUUUUUUGUAUAUAUGAACCGACACUUAACACAGCCUUAUAGUCGCCAUUUAGCUGCGGACUGAAAACGUCUCAUUUUCUCACCUGAUGAUGCCUUGCAGUCCUGGGUGCAGGUUCGAGGUGACGUUCUUCGGAAUGAAAGCGGGCGUUAUUGCGAACUGAAGGAAGAAGCAGCUGGAAGUUGGACCUCAGAGCGCCCUAGGAGCUAUUGGGCGUCUUCAGACUGGACUUACGGGUUACCUGCGCAUUUGGAUGCCUAAUUUAAAAUAAAUGGAAAAAAUGAUUUCCUGGUAGCAUCCCCCCAUUCUUGAUUCCCGUUUGGUAUCCAGUGACGGGGGGUGCAAACCCUGUGUCUGCAUUUCUGAUGGCUUAAGGGAUGUGAAACAGCCUGGAGUUCCACACGGCUCGUUCUCUGUGCUUCUGACUGUGGGCUGGGGGCAGCCACCUGCUGCGUCGCAUGCUGCCGGCCACCCCACCGCUGCCUCUCCUAACACCUUCCUCUGCACCCCCCCGGAGUUCCUGUCCACCCUCCGGUCCACCGGGAUGAGAGGCCGUGAGCUGAGCCCAAGUUCCCGGCCCGUCUGGCAGAUCGGUGGGUCGCGGAUCACCUUCUGCCAUGAGCAGGAUGAUGAUUGGCACAGGGGGGGGGCGUCCCUCACAGACCGGUCGCCCUCCCCCAUGGGUCGGGCCAUGCUCAUCCGUGCCCCUGUAGAGGGUGGCGACGGUGGUGAGGUCACCCGCGCGAUUACGGUGGAGAGGAGCACCGAGGGCAAGCUGGGCUUCAGCGUCCGUGGGGGGGCUGAGCACGGCCUCGGCGUCUUCGUCAGUAAGGUGGAGGGUGGCAGCUCUGCGGCCAGGGCGGGGCUCUGUGUGGGUGACCAGCUGGUGGAGGUGAACGCCGUUGGUCUGGAGGGCGUCACAAUGAGCAGCGCCGUCAAGGUCCUGACGGGAAACAGCCGGCUGCGUAUGACAGUGCGCCGCGUGGGAAAGCUCCCCGGUCUCCGCUACACUCAGGAGAAGACCACCUGGGUGGACCUUACGCACCGGCGCAUGCUGGUGGAGGAGAGUGGCCGGACACCCUCCCUGAGCGGGCCGGACGGGGCGCUGAGGAGGGUCGUGCACCUUUACACCUCCCCCAGGAACCAAUGCCUGGGCUUCAACAUCCGGGGAGGCCGUGAGUUCGGCCUGGGCAUCUACAUCUCCAAUCUGGACCCAGGGGGGCUGGCGGAGCAGAGCGGGAUCAAGAUGGGAGACCAGAUUCUCGUGGCCAAUGGGGUGAACUUUGAGGACAUCAGCCACGGCGACGCCGUGGUCACCCUGCGGAGCAAUGCCCACGUUAUGCUGACCAUCAAGGAGACCGGCAGAUACCCUGCUUAUAAGGAGGUCCUGGCCGAGUACAGCUGGCUGGAUAACCGGGGGUCUCCUUCCUACUGCGGUUCUGACUACAGUUCCUCUGUGUCAUCGUUGUCCACCAUGACUCCCUUCAGUUCCCUCGGUGACCCCCCUCAAGCCCGGUCACCCUCUCCCACCCCCACUCUCUGGAGUGCCCCCCCCGAGAAGGCUGAGGCCUCGGUCCAGACUGACCCCGCUGAGAUCCACAUCUCACCCAGGCUCGGCGCCCCCCUCACUGGCGAGACCAGCAGGCGCCUGGGGGCCACAGUACUGCUGGGGGACACUGCCAUUCGGGCCGAGGGCCCCGGGGGCCUGAGUGCAGCUUUGUGCCGCCGCCGGGCCUCCUCCGUGGGGCUCUCGGCAGGUGAGGCAGCCAGCUCCCCGAAAACCAAUAUGCUCAUGGCCCUCAGUCGGCCCAGCAAACCACUGCGUCGCUCCCAGAGCCACGUCACUGAAGCAGAGGACAGGCACAAGAAGAAGCAGGAGCAGCGGCCGAGCGGGCGGCUCCAGGGGGACAGAGAGGGGCUGCGUCGCUCCAAGACCUUUGUGGGUCUGCUCUCGAAGGGUGUGCGCAAGAGGGAGGCCACCAGAGGGCGCUCCAGCUCUGCGUCCAGCUCAGAGGUGGAGCGGGAUAAGCAGCACGGCCACGUACGCAGCCUGCUGCCCAGCGCAGACGUCCUGCAGAUGGUGGAGAUCAUGGCCCAGAGGCUUCUGGGAGAAGACGAGGUGGCUGCAGUCAUGAGGCACUGCAGGCGGUUUGCAGUAGAGCAUGUGCUGGAGGACCUUGUACGCCCCCUGCUGGUGCUCCUAGACCGGCCAGAGAAGGUCCUCUUGCUGCGGGAGAUCAGAAUGCUCAUCCCCCCUACCGACCUGGAACGCUUCGACAGUGCAGUGGGCCUGGUCGAGGAGGAAGCCUAUGGGCUCCUGAGGAGCCGCGCGGCUAGGUCCCCCGCCCUUCGAUCUCCAAGGACGGGACCAGCUCCGAGGAAGCAGCUCAUCACCCCUAUCCCAGACCACCGGGGUGGUUUCCAGCUCAAACUGGAAGAGGAUCUGGAGAAGGACAGGCGGCUGGCAGCGGAGAUGGAGACGCUGCGGCUGUCGAGUGCCCUCGCCCCGCUGCUUGAUGUGCCAUUGGACGGCCACGAGGCCAGUUCGCCUCAGCCACGCCCCCAUCGCUUACAGGGGGUGGAGCUACCGAGCCGAGAGAGUGGCACCUCCGAAUCUGCGCAUGGGAAUGUGGAAUCCUCAUGGUCGGUGCCCCUCAGUGGGGGCACCCCCCGUGAAAGGGGGAGGUCACCGCUCCGAAAUGGACACUCGAAAGUCAAGUGGGACAGAGGCCAUGGCAAUGGCGGGGGCACCAACAACACCAUGUAUAGUGUGGUGAGUGCACCCCGGCACGGACGACCCCCGCUCUCCCAAGUGUUUGGCUCUCAGAUGGAUGUGAGCUCCAGAGUGCCCUCUGCAGACAGUGUGAACAAGGACAAGGGCAAAACCCACAACAGCCGAAUGCAGGAGUAUGAGCUCACUCCUGUCAGCAUCUCCAAGACCAGACAGUCGCUGGGUAUCAGCAUUUCUGGAGGAAUCGAGUCCAGGGUGCAGCCGUUCGUGAAAAUUGAGAAAAUCUUUCCCGGGGGCGCAGCUGCUGCCAGCGAUGUUCUUAAGGCCGGGUUCCAGUUAGUGUCAGUGGACGGCAAGCCCCUGGAGGGCCUGACCCACCAGCAGGCCGUGGACGUCAUCCGCCAGGCUUUUGGCAACAAGACCUGGGAGCCCAUGGUGUUCACGGUGAAGGUGCCCAAGACCCCGCACUCACCUCCACACUGAUGAAGCUGACUAUCUGGAGAGCAGACCCCAUAGCCUCCGAGGAGACUCCCAAGGCACCAGCUGUCAUUAUAUCCAACAAUCUUCUGAGGAGUACACCUGGAAACAAAAUGGGGAGCAGACCCAACGACCUUCUGAAGAGCUCACCUAGAAACCACAUGGGGAGCAGAUUCACUGAUGCUCUUCAAAGCAGAACUUACAAGUUGCUGCAGAACAGACCCCACCACCUGAUGACCUGCCCAGUGCACAGACCCAAGAAUAGCUGGGAACCUUCCCCACAUUUGCCGUGGGACUAAUCAAACUCGGCAACCUCUGGGACCUUCAUUUUAGAACAGGCAUAGACCCAAUCCAGUUUAGUGGAACUGUCUGCUUUGGGCAACAAUGGGGAUGACUAACCUCUUGUAUGCUGAAGUCUGGAAUAUUCCAUGACAAGUUCAUAAGACAGCAGUACCACUAUAGACCAUGGUGUAUUUCCUGUUUCUUUGUAAGAUUUGCCAUGACAGAAGACAUUUGUUCCUAUAAUCACA